AUGUCGGAGGAAAUGGCGGUGUCUGAUAACACAACUGGGGAGGAAACAAAUAUGAAUGGCGAAGAGACGGCAUCAGCUAUGAUUGCCGAGCCUGUGCAGGCAGCGCCAGAGCUGCUGGAGGAACCCGAAGUUCCCGCACCUGAAGAAUCUCCUCCUUCGGCAGAUUCCCCACCACCAGAAGUGGAUCCUGAGGAGCAAGGAGAACCUGCAGAGCCUGUAGUAGCUGUGAAAGAAGAGCUACAAUCAGAUGAACUUGACUUACCAGUAGAUGCUAUAAAACAAGAAUUAGACAAUGACAUUAAAACAGAACAAGACUAUUUACCUAAUGAGACAGAUCUCUGGGAGGAGAAUGGUGAGGACAAAGACGACAAGAAAGGAAUUAAGCGAAGAGCGUCUGCUGCUUUUAGUGAUACUGCUGAUGAGGAAUUCAAAGGCUUUUUUGAUGUGAAAGCAGAAAUUAAAACUGAAGACUAUAGUCGAGUUUUAGAACGAUUGGAGGCUGAGGUGACAGCAGCCACCAAAGCAUUCAUACCACUGAAAACUGUGAUGGCUACGCCACCUGCCCCCACCAGAGCAUCAAAACGAGCGCGCAAAGAUACCGAUGGAUCAAGACCGUCAUCAGCAUUAUCGACAAAAUCGGACGGCGAUGGCUCCACUGAUGCGUCAUCGGCGGCGUACUCCCCAGCGGGCCCGGGGUCGCGCGCGGGGGGCGCGGGCGGUGCGGGGCGGCGCGCCACCACGGAGAUGUCGUCGCCGCUGCUGCGCGUGCCGCUGGAGCGCGGCUGGAAGCGCGAGCUCGUGUACCGCGCCGCGCUCGACGCGCACUCGCGCCGGAACGCAGACAUAUACUAUUACACGCCGCACGGGAAGAAGCUUAGGUCUACGAGAGAGGUUGGUGAACAUCUGGCUGGUACAGGACUGACUUUAGAAAAUUUCUCAUUUUUCAAAGAACCUCUUGGAGUCGAUGAUCCGGAGAAAGAAAUUAUUAGGGAUGCAAAACUAAUACGUCGUGUAGACUCGCCGAUAGCGGCAACAACACCGGCUACCCCUGUCGAGGGCAAGCGCACGCCGAAGCCCAAAGCACCUAAAGGUGCCAGCCCCGAACCACAACCCGCCGUCACGCCUGCAGCCACGACUGUCAAAUCACCACCUGCUAAGAUCAAGCAGGUAAAGUCCGUGGGAUCUCGGUUGAGCGCCAGCAGCGGGACGCCGGCGCGGAAGGCGGCCGCCGCCCCCGCUGCCCCCGCGGCCCAGCCCGCUCCGGCCGCCGCCGCCGCCGCCACCCCCGCCACUCCCGCCCCCCCGGCCACCCCGGCCGCCACGCCCGCUGCGCCCGCGCCGGACAACAACAACAGCGCCGCCUGGAAGAAACCGAGGCCGCCGGCGCCGCCGCCGCUCGUGUCGCGCCCGCUCGACCGCGACCAGCACGCGCUCGACCCUCAGUCGCCGCGGCAAGUGGUACAACCGUGCUCGAUGACGUGCGGGCGCGGCGUGCCAUCCCUGUCGUGUGCCGCGUGCCUGUGUCUCUACCACGCCGCAUGCGCCGGCUAUGUGCACACGGCCCCGCCCGAUCCCUUCUUGUGCAAGAACUGCCGCAAGUCCUCGUCCCCCCCUCUCGAGCCUCCCCCGUUGACCCACAAGUCGGGCGUGGCUGGCGCCGUGCCGCUGGUGACACCCGUGCCACGCCGGGUGCCCGUGCCUGUGCCCGUGCCCGUGCCCGUGCCGAGCAAGGUGCCGCGGGACAAGCGCGUGCUGCUCCGAAUGAAGGUAUCGGGCGGCACUCCAGACGGUGAGCGUGUAUGGGCAGUAUCAGACCAGUCACAACCGCAACAAAACCAGUCGCAAUUGAAAUCCUCGCAGAAUGCACACAGUGCACAAGUGGUACCGCCGCAGUCGAUGCAGGCGAUGGGGCGGGCGAGGGGCCCGAGGCCGUCCUUGCCGCAGUCGCUGGCCGUCCUUAACGGAAGACGGUUCAUCAUCGUACCACGCUCCCUGGGCAACGCUCAGCCACAUGAAACAACACGGCGCGGUCGCGUUGCGAACGGCGCGGCGUCCCCGCCGGCGAUGGCCGCGACCGUGUCACCGCGACGUCGCGGCCGACAACGUGUCGAUGACACCGACCACUUCACCGCCUUCUACAACAAGGCGCAAGAGAACAACUACAAUGUUGUCGUUCAGAUAUUUCAAUACCUGGGCAUGCGAGACUUGGCGCACUGUGCGAGAGUUUGUAAACUGUGGAAACAGCUCGCCGCCACACCCGCGCUCUGGCGACACGUGCGGAUGAAGAACUCGCACGUGAGCGACUGGGGAGGGCUGUGCAGCGCGCUGAAGCGGCACGGCACCAAGCGGCUGGACCUGCGCAAGAUGCUGCUGCCGCAGAACGACACGGUGUUCUGGGAGCAGUUCGCGGAGCACAUCUCCGUGGUGGACACGCUGGAGCGCAUCGAGAUGUGCCGCUGCCCCGCGCGCGCCGUGGAGGCGCUGUGCCGCGGCCUGCCCGGCCUGCGCGCGCUCUCCGCGCUCGCCAUCCGCGACGCGCGCCUCGACCCCGCGCCGCUGGCCGCGCUGCCGCUGCUGCACGAGCUGCGCCUCAAGUCCAUGGCCGGGCUGUCGCUCACGCGCGACCUGCGCCACCUGGCCGCGCUCACGCGCCUGCAGCACCUGUCGCUCACGUCCAUCAAGGAGCUGGGCUGGUGCCUGUGCGACGUCAUCGGCUCGCUGCCCGCGCUCGAGUCGCUGGAGCUGGGCGAGUGCACGUUCCGCGCCGAGUUCGCGGGCGUGCUGGCGCGCCUGGCGCGGCUGCGGCGCGUGCGUCUGGAGCGCGGCACGCCGCACUGCGCCGCGCCCGACAUCCUGCGCGCGCUGGCCACGCUGCCGCUGCUCACGCGCCUCGAGCUCGUCAACAUCGACGUCAAGCCCGGCUUCGACGACGCGCUGGCCGCCUGCACCAACGUGCAGCGCCUGCUCAUCAUCCCCACCUACGUGUCGCAAUCCGCCACCACCAACCGCCAGGUGCUGAGCGGCGUGCUGCGGCUCAAGGACUCGCUCACGCACCUCAUGUGGGGCGUCACCAUCGAGCUGCUGCGCGUCACGGAGCUGUUCAUCGACCAGUGCGAGCAGGCGGGCGAGGCCAAGCGGCGCGACGUGGGCGAGUGCAUCCCCGUGCUGAAGCCGGUGCCGGGCUGCCGCCUGCCCGACGAGCCGGCGCACGUGGCGGGCCCGCCGCAGGUGGAGAUCCUGCCGCUGCCCACGCUGCAGCGGCUGCUGUCGGCGCAGCUGCCCAAUACCAAACUCAAGCUGCUGCGCAUCCCCUUCCACGCCACGUGGCGCCAGUCGCUCGCCGACUUUCAGUAG